AUGACGGACAACUUAGUGGAUGCCGCAGAAUUUACGUUCGUCCAGGCAUGUGGUCUUAUACCAAUUGUUGGAACCAUCAUAGCUGCUAUUGCCCAAAGUAUCAUCGACCGAGCAAGCAAGGCCGAGCACAAUAAAAAGGCGUGCGAGUAUAUUUCACAACGUGUAAAAGAAAAUUUACAAGUUAUUGCUAAAGCAGGAAUCCCACCGAAUAGCAGCGUAGAAAAAGCCAAAACAGAAUUAGAGAGUGCCUUAAGAAAUAUAGAACUAUAUAUAAUUGAAAUAAAUAAACCCGGAGAAUUUACUCAGAAAUUUAAAAAAUGGCUUAAGGAUAUAACAAAUGAAAAUGAUAUUGCAGCGGCGAGUGACAAUUUGCUUAAAAAGCUUCAGGAUGCUACAGAUGAUUUUUGUAGGAUCGUGGCGCUUGAUACAAAUAAACAAAUUCAAGAAGGAAUUACUUCCGUCCACGAAGGGUUGGCUGCCUUGCAAAUUAUGAUGACGCAGAAAGGAGGAGAUAGCGUGACAGAAAAGGAAAUCAAUGAAUCUCGAUUGGGUCCGUAUUUUAUAAUGAAUUCAGAUGACUACGAUGAUGAAGAUAAUUCAAGCAGAAACAAAAAUAUUAGAAAAAAGGAGUACAUCGGGGAUGAUGUAGCAGUGAAAGAACUAGAAAAUUCUGAUUUAAAACUAGAGAGAAUUGUCAAGCAAGCAAAAAUCGUUAAAUUACUAA